AUGAAUAGUGUUUCAUCACCACCAUUAUCAUCGAGUGAACAGGAUUGUCUUAUGACGGAAGUACAAAUCCGAACACCUGCAACAACAACAACAACAACAACAGUAAAAAAACAUAAACAUCCAGCAUCUUUGCUUAAAGCACAUCUUUGUCAAAAUAAAUUAACAUUAGGAUUGUGUCUUUCACUUUUACUCGCUAUUGCCAUUGUUAUUUCUUUACUUUUUUUAUAUAUUUUACAUACACGAAUACGACAAGAACGAGCAUUAUGUCUUACACCUGAAUGUAUUACAUUAGCUGCUGAUACAUAUAAUGCAAUGGAUACUACAGUCGACCCAUGCGAAGAUUUUUAUCAAUUUGCUUGUGGUAAUUGGGAUAAAAGUCAUCCAAUACCUGAAGGUCGUGGUACUCGUUCCUCAUUCGAAUCAUUUGUCAAUGAUGUUGUAGACUUUUAUCGAGAACUACUACGUAAGCCUGUUCUUGAUAUCGAACCUGAUGCUGUACGAAAACUUAAAAUGUUUUAUCAAACAUGUAUUAGUUUAGAUCGAGAUUCACCAACAGUUGAAAAUGCAACCUAUCAUUUACUUAUGCAACAUUUGGAACGUUUUGGUGGAUUUCCUCCUUUAUAUGGUGAACGAUGGCAAUCAAAAUUACCUCUUGAACGAUUACUUGCAACACUUCAUCUAGAAUUUAAUAUUGAACCUUUAUAUGAAUUGAAAAUAGCUGCUGAUGAUAUGAAUAAUUCUCAGCAUAUUAUUCUUAUCAAUCAUCCAUCCUUAUUUUUACAAGCAUCAGCAGCAUAUGAAUCAGAAGAAGAAAUUGAUGCUUAUAUGCAUUUUAUGGUUAGUGUGGCAACUAGUUUGGGUGUUGAACGCACACAAGCACGCAAUGAAAUGGAACGAAUACUUCAAUUUGAAAAAGCACUCGCCAACAUUCGUGCUGAUCAACCAUCGAAUACUGUCAUGGAUUUUUAUAAGAAAAUAAGUGUUGGUGAAUUACAAAAUAUGGUAUCAUCUAUCAAUUGGACAGUAUAUUUUAAUAUUGUUUUUAAAGAAUUUAUACCACUUGAUGAACCAGUUGUUGUACUUUAUGCUAGUCAAUAUAUGGAAGAUCUUGAACGACUUAUUCGUCGUUUUGAUACACGUACUAUGACAAGUUAUUGUCUAUGGCGUUUUAUUGCUAGUCUUGUACCUGAUUUAAGUAAGACUUUUCGUGAAGCACAUUAUGAACUUGCACGUCUUACUCAGGGUGCUGCCUUAAAUGGUAUCGGUUCACAUUGUCUAUUAAAUCGUGCUGAUGAAACAUUUGCCCAAGCAAUGACAUAUCUCUAUUUAAAAUCUCAAACGGAUGAUAAUAUUCGUGAAGAAUUACAAGAAGUUAUUCUCAAUAUUCGAAGUACAUUCUAUGAAACAAUCAAACGUAAUACUUGGAUGACAAAUGACACAAAAAAAGUAGCACUUGCUAAAGCACAAUUAAUGAGUGAAUUUAUUGCUUAUCCAUUAGAAGCACUCAAUGAAACUUAUUUAAAUUUAAGUCAUGCCCAUUUAAAUAUUUCAUUUGAUAAUCAUUUAAAUAAUGUUAUCAAUUUAUUGGGAAAUGAAGUACGAAAAAAUAUAGCACUCUUUCGAAAACCAGUCGAUAAGAAACAAUGGAUGACUAGUUCAGCUCAAGUCAAUGCAUUAUAUGAUAGUAAUCGUAAUGCUAUUAUUAUACCUGUUGGUAUGACACGACCAUUUCUUUAUAGUUCAAAAUUUCCACACUUUGUUAUCUAUGGUCGUAUUGGAAUGGUAAUAGCACAUGAAAUUAUACAUGGUUUUGAUACCAAUGGACGUUAUUUUGAUGAACAUGGAAAUUUAUUUCAAUGGUGGAAUAACGAAACUGAUGCAACAUAUCGAGAAACAGAACGUUGCAUUGUUGAACAAUAUUCAAAUUAUACAUAUGAACAAGUUAAUAUGACUUUAAAUGGUAAUACAACACGUUCAGAAAAUAUAGCUGAUAUUGCAGGAACGGAAUUAGCAUUUCUUGCUUAUAAACAAUGGUUAAAAGUUCAUGGUACUGAACAUCGAUUACCAUUACUUGAUAAAUAUACACAUGAACAAAUGUUUUUUAUAGCUUUUAGUCAAAUCUGGUGUGGAAAUUAUUUGAAUGAACGUUUACGAAAAGAUAUACGCGACAUGAUUCAUACACCGUUUCGAUACAGAAUGAUUGGUUCAUUACAUUCAAGUUAUCAUUUUAGUCGAGCAUUUCAAUGUAACUCAAAUGCAAAAAUGAAUCCACAAACAAAAUGUACUGUCUUUUAA